UAUAGCCUCAAAACUAUGACACACAGCCCAGAAAACACAAUUGACAUAGCUGUUACCAGAAUGCUUGGGGAAGAAGAAGAAGAAUAUUCUCCUUCUUCGGAAUCUUUUAGCCUCAUGAACACACUGAGAAAGAAAAAGAGCAGCAAGAACAACAAGGGGAGAUUUAGUGAUGAGCAGAUCGAGUCAUUAGAGUCCAUGUUUGAAACAGAGACUAGACUUGAACCCAAAAAGAAGUUGCAAUUUGCGAGGGAACUUGGGUUGCAGCCUCGUCAGGUUGCGAUUUGGUUUCAGAACAAGAGAGCGAGAUGGAAGUCCAAGCAGCUUGAGCGAGACUACACCAUAUUAAGAGCUAAUUACAACAGCCUCGCUUCACGAUUCGAGACUCUAAAGAUAGAGACGCAGGGUUUGGUUUUACAGUUGCAGAGACUGAAGGAUAUGGUUCAAAAGUCAGAAGAAGAGAGGGAGUGUUGCAGGCGAAGUGAAGGGGCACCGAGAAGCAAUGAAGGGGAAUUGGAGAAUGGCGACUUCAGCAAGCGCGAAUCGGAAGUGAAGCCGAGCUUGUCAAUGGAAAUAUCAGAACAUGGACUAGGAGUACAUUCAGAUGAUGAUGGCAGCAUAAAAACAGAGUACUUUGGAUUAGACGAUGAACCAAACCUUAUGAGUAUGGUAGAACCAGCUGGUAAUAGGAAUCCAUUGACAUCACCAGAAGAUUGGGGUAGUCUUGAAUCUGAUAAUCUGUUUGACCAAUCUAGUAGUGGUUAUCAAUGGUGGGAUUUCUGGUCUUGAAUGUAAAUAAGAUGUUGAAGAAAAUAAAAUUUCCUUGAUAAGUUCUGACUGCUAAGAGGGCCAACAUCUAGGGACAAACAUUUUGGAGUGAACCACGAAACCAAUGGAAAAUUACUUUUCUGGGUUAUGAGGGAUCCACUGAUCAGAGAUUUUCAGCAUAUGAUGUUCAGACAACUGGAAGAGAUGAAAAUGUGGAUUCACUUGCUUGAAUCCUCUGCUAACAACGGCCAGAAAUCCCCUGUUUUUAACCCCGAAAGUGCAAGGAUUAUGACACAGUGCGAAUUAGGAUCCUGAAACUCACUCCCUCCCACAACGUUCCCUUCAAAAACCAACUUCACUUCAAUGAACAUCUUGUCAUUCUGCUAUAAUUUUAGACUGUUAGAUUUUGUGCUUCAUAAUAAAGCCUAGACUCUGUUUUAUUCUUUACUAGUUAUGAAUUAGUCACUUCAUUUA